GGCGUCACUUCGGCGGCGGGAAAAGCGGUCUCUACCGAGAGCGUCCAUCGGUCGCCCGCUGUAGUUGUUCGCCGUCCACAGGAGCCGGGAUGGAGCCGCCGCCCGAGGAGCCAGCCGCCGCCGAGCCCGCGGACUCCGGAGAGGACCCCAUGACCCUGCUGCUCAGGCUGAGGGCACAGACACAACAACAACUCUUGGAAUAUAAAUCAUUGGUUGAUGCAAAUGAAGAAAAAACUCCAGAAGAAAUCAUUCCAGAAAAGCAAAUUGAAACUAAAAUUGAAGACCUGGAAAAUGAAAUUGAAGAGGUGAAAAUAGCUUUUGAAAUGAAAAAGCUUGCAUUAGACAGGAUGCAGCUUUCCACAGCACUUAGAAAAAAACUGGAGAAAAGUAACGUUCAGACUAGUGAGCUCAUGGACAACAUGAAACACAUAUUAGAGUUAAAUAGGAUAAUAAUGAAAUCACAGCAGGAAUCUUGGAAUUUGGAGAACAAACUGCUUGAUGUGAAAAAGAAGAGAUUUGAAUUAAAACGAGCUUCAGAAAGUAAGUUUUUAGAAAUACAGACUGAAAAGAACAAACAGAAAGAUGAUUUGGACAGUAUGGAAAAUUCAGACAAGAUAAAGACCUUACAACAAAAGCUACAGACGGAGAUACAAAUUACUACAGUUAUUCAACAUGUGUUCCAGAACCUCAUCUUGGGAAGUAAAGUCAAUUGGGCAGAGGAUUCUGCCUUGAAGGAAACUGUUCUGCAACUUGAGAAGAAUCUCACUAUGAUCUAAUGAGAAUUCUAUUUUGGCAUUAUUUGUUUCUGUCUUUGAUGUGUCAUUUAAAUAGCAAAUUUCAGGUGAAAUGUGGUUUUGGUGGGUUUUUUGGUGGUUUUGGAACUUAUACUGCAAUUUUUUUUAAAGCUUAACACUAUCACAUGGACUCUUGUUUUAAAUAUGAUAUUAAAGUGACUGGCAUACUCUAAAAAAAAAUGUGAAGAUCUUAGCCUUGCAAGGAUCUGGAAAGACAUCAUCUAGUCCACUCAAUGUGGACAUUUUUCUACAUUCCUGGAAGUCCCAACUCUCAUUUGGAAUACCUCCCUGCAUUUCUUUGUCAACCAAAAUACUAGAAAAAAUUAGAAAAGCAUAUCCACAUCUAUUUUUUUUAACUGUCAGCUGUAUUUUACUCAAAUCUUAUUUUAGAUUUAUCUCACUAUAGAUUUUUUUUGAGAUAUAAAUGAUACAUAACGUUGUGUAAGUUUAAGGUUUAUAGCGUGUUAAAUUGACCACCGUGGCUUUUGCUAACAUCUCCAUCGUCACAUAAUUAUUUUUUUUGGUGAAAACAUUUAGGAUCUAGUAUCUUAGCAACUUUGAAGUAUAUAAUACAGUAUUGUUAACUAUAAUCACAGUGCUGUGCAUUAGAUAUCCAAAACUCAGAUUCUACCUGUAAAUUUGUACCAUUUGUCCAACAUCUCAGUUUCCCCACCCCACCCCCAUCUAUGUCUUUAAACAGAGACCCAAAUAAAGCAGCUCAGCCUUUAAGAAAAAGAUAUCCAGAAGGUUUGCAGUUUUGGUUAUUUAGAGGAAUUGUGACUUUUUUCUUUUGUAUGUCUGCAUUUAUUAUGCAUUACUUUUAUAAGUUAAAAAAUAGAACUUGCCACUUUUUUACUUUUAUUCCAUCUUGAUGCACUGCAGUUGGUACUAACAUUUGACAUUUGUUCUUUAGAUCAAUAUUAAGAAUACAGAGAUUUGCCUAAAUUUGUAUGCUAAACACUUCUUGGGAAUAUUUAUAGUUUUACUUCAUUUUUGAUAAAUUAUAAUUUAUUUGUAAUUCUUUUUGCCAGAUUAUUCUUGGAAAUUAUCUACAUAAAUUACUGUAAAACAAGUCAUAUUUUUCUUCUAGAAAAACAUUCUGUAAAAUGUUUUACUGCUCCAAAGGUACAGCACUAAAUAAAUCAGAUGCACACUA